AUGGCCGUGAACGUACUGGACGAGGAUCACUUCGCGAUCAGCGCGAUCGUGACGGUUGUGAUGCAGAUCAUCUUCUUCCUGAUUGCCGCCAUCUUUCAGCUCGACAAGCUGACCGAUUUUGCCGGCGGUGUUAACUUUAUCAUCAUUGCCUUACUGACGUUCUUUCUCGGACAGAUCGAUCGUGCGCUGAAGCCCUACGACAGCCGGCAGCUGAUGGUGACGGUGUUCGUGUGCCUCUGGGGAGCCAGACUAUCCGGCUAUCUGCUGUAUCGGAUCGUGAAAAUCGGACGCGACAAGCAGUUCGAGGACAAUCGGCGCAAUGUGAUCCGGUUCGCCGUCUUCUGGACGUUCCAGGCCGUCUGGGUGUUUGUCGUAUCGCUGCCAGUCAUUAUCAUCAACUCACCGAGACACUCAUACCCGAAGGCGCCCAAAACGAUGACGACGCUGGAUUCGGCCGGGACGGGCAUGUUCAUCACGGGACUGCUGGCGGAAACGUACGCCGAUCUGCAGAAGUUUUCCUUCCGCCAGGACCCGAUCAAUCAGGGCAAGUUUUGUAACGAUGGCCUUUGGAGGAUGUCACGCCAUCCGAACUACUUCGGGGAGAUCGUUAUCUGGUGGGGCAUCUUCGUUAUUUCGCUGAACGUCAUCGAGGGCAUCGAAUGGGUCGCUAUCCUGUCGCCGAUCUUUACGACCCUUAUCAUCCUCUUCCUGUCCGGCAUUCCGGUACGGGAACGGUCAGCGGACGAAAAAUAUCGGGAUGAUCUCGAGUACCGAAAAUAUAAAGCGUGCACUUCGCCCCUCAUACCGAUCCCUCCAGCAAUCUACUCCGAGGUACCGCGAGCGCUCAAGUUCAUCCUGUGCUGUGAGUUUCCGCUGUACGAUUCGCUAGACAAGCGCCGCAAGGACGAGGGACCAUUCGCGAUGACCACCUCCAUAUCGGUGGCACACUCGCACUCUACCCACACCUAG